CCUCCUGAAUGAUGCCAGCCCAAGGUUCCCUAACCUCCAGCCUGGCCCUCCUGGUGCUGCUGGGCACAGUCAGAGCAGGGCCUUUCUCUUCACGGUCCAAUGUGACACUCCCAGCCCCACGGCCUCCUCCCCAGCCAGGAGGCCGCACAGAACAGCCAGGAGGGGGAGGCCCUUCUUCUCAGCUUUACGAGCACACCGUGGAAGGAGGGGAGAAGCAGGUGGUGUUCACCCACCGCAUUAACCUGCCCAAUUCAGGUAGCUGUGGCUGUCCCCCAGGCACUGAGCCCCCCGUCCCUGCUUCAGAGGUGCAGGCCCUGAGGGUCCGGCUGGAGAUCCUGGAGGAGCUGGUGAAGGGGCUCAAGGAACAGUGCACUGGGGGAUGUUGUCCUGCUGCUGCCCAGGCUGGCACAGGCCAGACGGACGUGCGGAGCCUCUGCAGUCUCCAUGGCGUGUUUGACCUGAGCCGCUGUGCCUGCUCCUGCGAGCCAGGCUGGGGUGGGCCCACCUGCUCAGACCCCACAGAUGCCGCGGCGACCCCCUCCUCUUCCCCCUCAGCUUCCCGGUCCUGCCCAGAUGACUGCAAUGAUCAGGGUCGCUGCGUCCGUGGUCGCUGCGUGUGCUUCCCUGGCUACACCGGCCCCAGCUGUAACUGGCCCUCCUGCCCGGGGGACUGCCACGGCCGCGGGCGCUGCGUGCAGGGCGUGUGCGUGUGCCGCGCGGGCUUCUCCGGGGCCGACUGCAGCCUGCGCUCCUGCCCUCGGGGCUGCAGCCAGAGGGGACGCUGCGAGAACGGGCGCUGCGUGUGCAACCCAGGCUACACUGGCGAGGACUGUGGGGUGAGGAGCUGCCCCCGAGGUUGCAGCCAGAAGGGGCGCUGCGAGGACGGGCGCUGCGUCUGUGACCCUGGCUACGCUGGCGAGGACUGCGGCUCUCGGAGCUGCCCGUGGGACUGUGGUGAGGGCGGGCGCUGUGUGGACGGCCGCUGCGUGUGCUGGCCCGGGUACGCGGGCGAGGACUGCAGCACGCGGACCUGCCCCCGCGACUGUCGGGGCCGAGGGCGCUGCGAGGAGGGCGAAUGCAUCUGCGACCCAGGCUACAGCGGGGACGAUUGCGGAGUGCGCAGCUGCCCGGGCGACUGCAACCAAAGGGGCCGCUGCGAGGACGGCCGCUGCGUGUGCUGGCCUGGGUACUCGGGGCCCGACUGCGGCGCCCGCGCUUGCCCGCGCGACUGUCGGGGCCACGGGCGCUGCGAGAACGGCGUGUGCGUGUGCAACGCGGGCUACAGCGGCGAGGACUGCAGCGUGCGCAGCUGUCCAGGGGACUGUCGCGGCCGGGGUCGUUGCGAGAGCGGCCGCUGCGUGUGUUGGCCCGGGUACACAGGCCGGGACUGCGGCACGCGCGCCUGCCCCGGCGACUGUCGCGGGCGCUGCGUGGACGGCCGCUGCGUGUGUAACCCGGGCUUCACAGGCGAGGACUGCGGGAGCCGACGGUGUCCCGGGGACUGCCGUGGUCGCGGCCGCUGCGAGGAUGGCGUGUGCUUGUGCGACGUGGGCUACGAGGGCGAAGACUGCGGCGUGCGCAGCUGCCCCAGGGGUUGCCAAGGUCGCGGCCAGUGUCUGGAGGGGCGAUGCGUGUGCGACGACGGCUACGAGGGUGAAGACUGCGGCGUGAGACGGUGCACGCGCGACUGCAGCCAGCGCGGCGUGUGCCAGGAUGGUGUGUGCGCCUGUUGGGAGGGCUACACGGGCGAGGACUGCAGCCUCCGUACCUGCCCCUCCAACUGUCACCGGCGCGGCCGCUGUGAGGACGGGCGCUGCGUGUGCGACUCUGGCUACACCGGCCCCUACUGCGCCACCCGAACCUGCCCGGCGGACUGCCGGGGCCGUGGACGUUGUGUGCAGGGCGUGUGCGUGUGCCACGCGGGCUAUAGCGGCGAGGACUGCGGGCAGGAAGGGCCUCCCGCCAGCGCCUGCCCCGGGGGCUGCGGGCUUCGGGAACUGUGCCGCGCAGGCCAGUGUGUAUGCGUCGAGGGCUUCCGAGGCCCCGACUGCGCCAUCCAGACGUGCCCCGGGGACUGCCGCGGUCGGGGAGAGUGUCGUGAGGGCAGCUGCGUCUGCCAAGGUGGCUAUGCAGGGGAGGACUGCGGGGAAGAGGUGCCAGCCGUUGAGGGCCUGAGGAUGCACCUCCUGGAGGAGACGAUGGUUCGGACAGAGUGGACCCGGGCUCCUGGCAAUGUGGAUGCCUACGAAAUUCAGUUCAUCCCCACGACAGAGGGGCCGAGCCCCCCAUUCACAGCACGGGUGCCCAGCUCUGCCUCAGCCUAUGACCAGAGAGGACUGGCCCCCGGUCAGGAGUACCAGGUCACUGUCCGUGCCCUUCGAGGGACUAGCUGGGGCCCUCCUGCCUCCAAGACCAUCACCACCAUGAUCGAUGGCCCCCAGGACCUCCGAGUGGUGGCUGUGACGCCAACCACGCUGGAGCUCAACUGGCUGCGCCCCCAGGCCGAGGUGGACCAGUUCGUGGUGUCCUACGUCAGUGCCGGCAACCAGAGGGUGCGGCUAGAAGUGCCCUCUGAGGCAGACGGGACGCUGCUGACCGGCCUCAUGCCAGGCGUAGAAUACGUGGUGACCGUCACUGCCAAGCGGGGCCGGGCAGUAAGCUACCCGGCUUCUGUCAGGGCCAACACAGGGUCCUCCCCCUCAGACCUCCUGGGGGCCACUGAUGAGCCUCCGCCCUCAGGCCCUUCAACGACUCAAGGGGCUCAGGCCCCUGUCCUGCAGCAGCGACCCCAGGAGCUGGCAGAGUUGAGGGUGCUGGGCAGAGACAAGACAGGGCACCUCCGCGUGGCCUGGACCGCCCAGCCUGACACCUUUGCCCACUUCCAGCUGUGCCUACGGGUGCCCGAAGGGCCUGGGGCACAUGAGGAACUACUGCCAGGGGAUGCCCGUCAGGCUCUGGUGCCCUCACCCCCUCCCGGAUCCCCCUAUGAGCUGUCACUUCGUGGGGUGCCCCCCGGGGGCGAGCCCUCUGCCCCUCUCAUCUACCAAGGCAUUAUGGACAGGGAUGGGGAGAAGCCUGGGCAGCCCUUGGCCCCGCCACGCCUGGGCAAGCUGAUGGUGACGGACAUGACUUCCAACUCCCUGCUUCUGCACUGGACGGUCCCUGAGGGCGAGUUUGACUCCUUCGUGAUCCAAUACAAAGACAGGGACAGGCCCCAGGUGGUGCCUGUAGAGGGACCCCAGCGCUCAGCCCUCAUCUCCAACCUGGACAUCGGCCGCAAGUACAAAUUCGUCCUGUACGGGCUCGUGGGCAAGAAGAGGCAUGGCCCCCUGGUGGCUGAAGCCAAGAUCUUGCCUCAGACGGAUUCCAGCUCAGUGACUCCACCUCGCCUGGGAAAGCUGUGGGUGACAGAUCCCACCCCAGAUUCGCUGCACCUCUCCUGGACUGUCCCUGAGGGCCAGUUUGACUCCUUCAUGGUCCAGUACAGGGACAGGGAUGGACGGCCCCAGGUGGUGCCCGUGGAAGCCCCCGAGCGCUCGGUCAUUGUCUCCCCGCUGGACCCUGACCACAAGUACAGAUUCACUCUGUUUGGGAUUGCCGACAAGAAGCGGCACGGCCCCCUCACGGCCGAUGGCACCACUGCCCCAGAGAAGAGAGAGGAGCCCCGCCACCCAGAGUCCCCUGAGCAGCCCCUGCUGGGGGAGCUGACAGUGACUGGCAGCGCCCCAGACUCGCUGCGCCUGUCCUGGACAGUGGCCCAGGGCGCUUUUGACUCCUUCAUGGUCCAGUACAAGGAUGCGCAGGGGCGGGCCCAGGCAGUGCCCAUCAGGGGGCAUGAGAAUGAGGUCACCGUCCCCGGCCUGGAGUCUGACCGGAAGUAUAAGAUGAACCUCUACGGGCUUCAUGGCAGGCAGCGCGUGGGGCCUGUGUCCGUGGUGGCCACCACAGCCCCGCAGGAAGGCGUGGACGAGACCCCCAGCCCCACAGAGCCCAGCACAGAGGCACCAGAGCCCCUCGAGGAGCCCCUCCUGGGGGAGCUGACGGUGAUAGGAUCCUCCCCGGACUCGCUGAGCCUCUCCUGGACCGUCCCCCAGGGCCACUUCGACUCUUUCACCGUCCAGUACAGAGACAGGGAUGGGCAGGCCAAGGUGAUGCGGGUGCCUGGGCACCAGGACGGGGUCACCAUCUCGGGCCUGGAGCCAGACCGCAAGUACAAGAUGAACCUGUACGGCUUCCAUGACAGCCAGCGUGUGGGCCCCGUGUCCACCGUGGGCGUGACCGCUCCACAACCAGAAGAGACUCCCGCAGCCACCGAGCGCCCCCGGAAGCCACACCUCGGGGAGCUGACAGUGACAGAUGUGACCCCCAGCUCCGUGGGCCUUGCAUGGACAGUCCCUGAGGGCCAGUUUGACUCCUUCGUGGUCCAGUACAAGGACAGGGAUGGGCAGCCCCAGGCAGUGCCUGUGGCCGCAGACCAGCGAGAGGCCACUGUCCCCGGCCUGGAGCCUGCACGCAAAUACAAGAUGAACUUCUACGGGCUACAUGGUGGGCAGCGCAUGGGCCCCCUCUCUGUGGUAGCCAUGACUGCUCCACUCUCUCCAGCCCCGGGCACAGAGCGCCCCCUUGAGCCACGUCUGGGGGAGCUGACAGUGACGGAUGUGACCCCGGACUCCGUGGGCCUCUCCUGGACAGUCCCCGAGGGUGAAUUCGACUCGUUCGUGGUCCAGUACAAGGACAGGGACAGGCAGCCCCAGGCGGUGCCUGUGGCUGCAGACCAGCGUGAGGUCACCAUCGUCGGCCUGGAGCCCGAUAGGAAGUACAAGUUCCUGCUCUUUGGGAUCCAGGACGGGAAACGCCACAGCCCAGUCUCUGUGGAGGCAAAGACAGUUGCUCGAGGUGACACCAGCCCAGGAGCCCCACCCCGCCUCGGGGAGCUGUGGGUGACAGACCCCACCCCAGACUCACUGCGCCUCUCCUGGACAGUCCCCGAGGGCCACUUUGACUCCUUUGUGGUCCAGUUCAAGGACAGGGACGGGCCCCGGGUGGUGCCUGCAGAGGGCCACGAGCGCUCAGUCACCAUCGGCCCUCUGGACGCCAGCCGCAAGUACAGAUUCCUCCUCUACGGCCUCCUGGGCAAGAGGCGCCAUGGCCCCCUCACCGCCGAGGGCACCACAGAGACCCGGAGAGCUGUGGACGAGGCUGGAACAAAACCACGUCUGGGGGAGGAGCUGCAGGUGACCAGCGUGACAUCAGACUCCGUGGGCCUCUCGUGGACGGUCCCUGAGGGCCAGUUUGACUCCUUUGUGGUCCAGUAUAAGGACAGAGAUGGGCAACCCCAGGUGGUGCCCGUGGAGGGCAGCCUCAGGGAGGUCAGUGUCUCAGGCCUGGACCCUGCCCGCAGGUACAAGCUGCUGCUCUACGGGCUAUACGAGGGCAAGCGUGUGGGUCCCAUCUCCACCAUCGCCAUGACCGCCCCCAGGGAAGAAGUCGAAGCUGAGACUGAGGCCCCCAGCCCUCCAGCAUCUGAGCCCCGUCUGGGGGAGGUGACUGUGGAGGAGGGCACCCCACACACCCUGCAUCUCUCCUGGACCGUGAUUGAGGGAGAAUUUGACUCCUUUGAGGUCCAGUACACAGACGAGGAGGGGAAACUCCAAGUAGUCCAUUUAGGGGGCAACCAGAAUGACAUCACCCUCUCUGGCCUGGAAUCCGACCACAGAUACCUGGUGAGCCUGUACGGUCUCCACGAUGGGCAGCGUGUGGGUCCUGUGCACGUCGAGGCCCUGACAGCCCCAAAUGAGGAAGAGAAUGAACCUUCAGAAUCUCCCUCUACCACCCCUGAGACUCACGUCACGCCUCGCCUGGGGGAGCUGGCAGUGACAGACGCCACCCCCGAAUCCCUGAGCCUCUCCUGGACCAUCCCCGAGGGCCAGUUUGACCACUUCCUGAUCCAGUACAAGAACGGGGACGGACAGCCCAAGGCUGUGAGGGUGCCGGGGUACGAGGACGAGGUCACCAUCUCGGGCCUGGAGCCAGACCACAAGUACAAGAUGAACCUGUACGGCUUCCAUGACAGCCAGCGCGUGGGCCCCGUCUCUGUCAUCGGGGUGACAACUGCAGAGGAAGACACCCCCAGCCCCACAGAACCCAGCACAGAGGCCUCGGAGGCCCCCGAGGAGCCCCUCCUGGGGGAGCUGACGGUGACAGGAUCCUCCCCGGACUCGCUGAGCCUCUCCUGGACCGUCCCCCAGGGCCGCUUCGACUCCUUCACCGUCCAGUACAAGGGCAGGGACGGGCCCCAGGUGGUGCGUGUCGGGGGCGAGGAGCGUGAGGUGACCGCUGGGGGCCUGGAGCCCGGGCGCAAGUACAAGAUGCACCUGUACGGCCUGCACGGGGGGCGGCGUGUGGGCCCCGUGUCCACCGUGGGCGUGACUGAUCCAGACUACAAAGCCAUGACCACCAAAGCCCCGUCCACUGCGCCCCCCGAGCCGCCCGUCAAGCCACACCUCGGGGAGCUGGCAGUGACAGGCACCACCCCCGAAUCCCUGAGCCUCUCCUGGACCAUCCCCGAGGGCCAGUUUGACCACUUCCUGAUCCAGUACAAGAAUGGGGACGGGCAGCCCAAGGCAGUGAGGGUGCCAGGGCACCAGGACGGGGUCACCAUCUCGGGCCUGGAGCCAGACCACAAGUACAAGAUGAACCUGUACGGCUUCCAUGACAGCCAGCGCGUGGGCCCCGUCUCUGUCAUCGGGGUGACAACUGCAGAGGAAGACACCCCCAGCCCCACAGARCCCAGCACAGAGGCCUCGGAGGCCCCCGAGGAGCCCCUCCUGGGGGAGCUGACGGUGACAGGAUCCUCCCCRSACUCGCUGAGCCUCUCCUGGACCGUCCCCCAGGGCCGCUUCGACUCCUUCACCGUCCAGUACAAGGGCAGGGACGGGCCCCAGGUGGUGCGUGUCGGGGGCGAGGAGCGUGAGGUGACCGCUGGGGGCCUGGAGCCCGGGCGCAAGUACAAGAUGCACCUGUACGGCCUGCACGGGGGCCGGCGUGUGGGCCCCGUGUCCACCGUGGGCGUGACCGCCUCCCUGAACACAGAGCCCCCCGUGGCACCCCGCCUGGGGGAGCUGGCUGUGGCAGCCGUGACCUCAGACACAAUGCACCUGUCCUGGACAGUGGACCAGGGCCCCUUCGACUCCUUCCUGGUCCGAUACAAGGAUGUGCAGGGGCAGCCCCAGGCAGUGCCCGUGGGUGGACACCUCCGAGAGGUCUCGGUUUCGGGUCUGGCCCCGGGCCACAAGUACAAGUUCCUACUCUUUGGACUCCAGGAUGAGAAACAACACGGUCCAGUCUCUGCAGACGCAAAGACCCUCCCAGACACUAAACCUUCUCUCCGCCUGGGGGAGCUGACAGUGACGGACGUGACCCCAGACUCCAUGGGCCUCUCCUGGACGGUCCCCGAGGGCGAAUUUGACUCCUUCGUGCUUCAGUACAAGGACAGGGACGGGCAGCCCCACGUGGUGCCUGUGGCCUCAGACCAGCGCGAGAUCACCAUCCCCGGCCUGGAGCCCAAUAGCAAAUACAAGUUUCUGCUCUAUGGGCUGGGAGGCAGGAAACGACUGGGCCCCAUCUCUGCUGAAGGCAGCACGGCUCCCCUGAAGAAGGAGCGGCAGCGCCCACCCCGCCUGGGGGAGCUGACAGUGACAGAUGAGACCUCGGAUUCUCUGCGCCUCUUGUGGACGGUGGCCCAGGGCCCCUUUGACUCCUUUGUGGUCCAGUACAGGGACACAGAUGGGCAGCCCUCGGUGGUGCCUGUGGCCGCAGACCAGAGGGAGGUCACCAUAGAGGGCCUGGAGCCUGGCAGGAAAUACAAGUUUCUGCUCUAUGGGCUCCUCAGAGGACAGCACCUGGGCCCCGUCUCUGUCCUGGGAAUGACAGCCCCAGAAGAGGACAUGCCAGCACCCUUGCACCUGGCCACGGAGGCCCCCGAGCCCUCUAAAGGGCCCCGCCUAGGGGCACUGGCAGUGAAGGACGUGUCCCCGGACUCCCUGCGCCUCUCAUGGAGCGUGGCCCAGGGCCCCUUUGACUCCUUCGUGGUCCAGUAUCAGAGCACAGGUGGGGAGCCCCAGGCCUUGCUCGUGGGUGGCGACCAGAACAAGGUCCUCGUGUCAGGCCUGGAGCCCAGCACCUCCUACAAGUUCUUCCUCUACGGCUUGCGUGAAGGGAAACGCCUGGGGCCCGUCUCAGCCGAGGGCACCACAGGGCCAGCUCCUGCUGGGCAGACCCCCGGAGAGCCAGGGCCCCGCCUGUCCCACCUGUCGGUGACGGACGUCACCACCAAUUCGCUGCGGCUCAGCUGGGAGGCCCCACCCGAGGCCUUUGACUCCUUCCUGCUCCGCUUUGGGGUCCCGUCACUGAGCGCCCUGGAGCUACAUCCACGUUCCCCGCUGCAGCGGGAGCUGACGGUGCCAGGGACACGGCGCUCGGCCGUGCUCUGGGACCUGAGUCCAGGGACCCUGUACACCCUUACGUUGUAUGGGCUGCGCGGGCCUCACAAGGCCGACGGCAUCCAGGGCACAGCCCGGACCCUCAGCCCAGCUCUGGAGCGCCCCCGUGACCUCCAGUUCAGCGAGAUCGGGGAGACGUCAGCCAAGGUCAGCUGGAUGCCCCCGCCGUCCAGAGUGGACAGCUUCAAAGUUUCCUACCAGCUGGCAGAUGGAGGGGAGCCACAGAGUGUUCAGGUGGAUGGCCGAGCCCGGACCCAGAAACUCGAGGGGCUCGUCCCAGGCGCUCACUACAACGUGACCGUGGUCUCUGUCCGUGGCUUUGAGGAGAGUGAGCCUCUCACAGGCUUCCUUACCACAGUUCCUGACGGCCCCACCCAGCUGCGUGCACUGAACUUGACGGAAGGAUCCGCCCUGCUGCUUUGGCAGCCCCCCCAGGCCCCGGUGGAUACCUAUGACAUCAAGGUCACAGCCCCAGGAGCCCCCUCGCUACAGGACUCAGCCCCUGGCAGCGCCGUGGACUACCCCCUGCAAGGCCUUGUACUCCACACCAACUACACGGCGACCCUGCAUGGCCUUCGGGGCCCCAACCUCACCUCCCCAGCCAGCAUCACCUUCACCACAGGGUUGGAGGCCCCCCAGGACUUGGAGGCCAAGGAGGUGACCCCCCGCACAGCCCUGCUCACUUGGACCACGCCCCAAGUCCCCCCAACUGGCUACCUGCUCAGCUUCAACACCCCUGGUGGACAGACCCAGGAGAUCCUGCUCCCAGGAGGGGUCACCUCUCACCAGCUUCACGGCCUGUUUCCCUCCACCCUCUAUAGCGCGUGGCUCCGGGCCAUGUGGGACCACAGCUUCACUCCCCCCGUGUCCACUUCCUUCACCACUGGUGGACUUCGGAUCCCCUUCCCCCGGGACUGUGGGGAGGAGAUACAGAACGGGGUCAGCACCUCAAGGACCACCACCAUCUUCCUCAACGGCAACCGCGAGCGGCCCCUGAACGUCUUUUGUGACAUGAAGACCGAUGGGGGUGGCUGGCUGGUGUUCCAGCGCCGCAUGGAUGGAAAAACUGACUUCUGGAGAGACUGGGAGGACUAUGCCCGUGGCUUUGGGAACAUCUCCGAGGAGUUCUGGCUGGGCAACGAGGCCCUGCACAGCCUGACCAAAGCCGGCGACUACUCCUUGCGUGUGGACCUGCGGGAUGGGGACGAGGCCGUGUUUGCCCAGUACGACUCCUUCCAAGUAGACUCGGCCAAUGAGUACUACCGCCUCCACCUGGAAGGCUACCACGGCACUGCAGGGGACUCCAUGAGCUACCACAGCGGCAGUGUCUUCUCUGCCCGUGACCGAGACCCCAACAACUUGCUCAUCUCCUGCGCCGUCUCUUACCGAGGGGCCUGGUGGUAUAAGAACUGCCACUAUGCCAACCUCAACGGGCUCUACGGGAGCACAGUGGACCACCAGGGAGUGAGCUGGUACUACUGGAAGGGCUUUGACUUCUCCGUGCCCUUCACGGAAAUGAAGCUGAGACCAAGAAGCUACCGGCCCCCGGGCAGGGGAGGCUGAGCCGCUGCUCACCCCUCCAGCGCCCUACUAUGACUGUCGAGCACUGAGGGGUUGCGCUCAGAGAAGAGCCGAGGGCCACCUUCACCAUCCAGCCGCCGGAGGAAGCCUUCUCCACCCGCGAUCUCACAGCACCAUGUUUACAGGGGGGAGGGAAGGGGUUUGUACGGGAGCAAUAAAAGGAGAAACCGAGG